AUGAAAUCAUGGAAAGCAAGCUUGAGAUUCAAUGACAUCGCAAGUGGCGAGAUCAUCCGGAUGAUAGACCUAGGUCCACGGUUAACAGCACGGAUUGCCAAAACACCCGAUCCCGUUGCCCCAGCUGUUGCUGACCACUAUGCGACCUACCCGACCCAAGCGAAGCGCAUGCCAAGUGGUGCCUAG